ACGUGAUAGAGUUUGCUCUCUCUCUCUACGAGGCUCUCUAGUCCGUACGUAACAAAGGAUAGAGAUUUACUGAGAAUAUAGCAUUGUUCUCUCUGUUCUAAAAAUUUAACUUAUUUCUUAAAGAAAUGUAUGGCAUAUUGGAUACGUAUUAUAUAUUUAUGGAUAGAACCUACUAGCCAGAUUGCAGAUUAGCAACAGAUAUCAAGCAACAUUUGCUGAAUCUGUAAAAGCAGAAACUUUCUUUGAUAAAUAAUAAUUUAAAAAGAAUACUAGUAAUUUAAUAAUAAAUUUAUAAUUGGCUUUUAAAGUGUUGAGUAUGCAGACUUCAGUUCCGGUAAAAUUUGGCUGCAUUGGGAAGUGUACAGUUGAUAUACCACCUGAAGAACUGGACAAACUUACAGAUAACAUCAGCAAAACUUUGUCUCAUCCAGAAGCUAGAAAAAUCUUUAAGAAAUAUCUUGAAAAUGGCAAUCUCAAAACUAGCUUGAAAUGUGUAGAUUUGUAUGAAAUUUGUUCUGAGUUGCUUUCUAGGGAAACAAAUAAACUGAAAACGAAUGAAUCUAAUUUGGAAUCUUUGUGUGAAGAUGUGAUGAUGGUAAAAAAAACUGCUGAGAAGUUAAGUGUUCCAGAAAUUGAUUUUACACUUUUGACACAAUUUCGUACCGCCUUAGCAAAUAAAACUACAAAUGAACUGCUCCAAGUACUUAUAAAUAUUAUACAUCGAUUACAAGAUGCUUUAAAUCACGUGCACAAGAAUUUUAAACAAUAUGUUUUGGAACCAUGUCCAAAAACAUUAGAUUUGAACAAAAAAAGGAAAGAGUCCUGAGUCUUUUUCAAAUCUAUGCACUAUAAAAAAUCUGUGAUGUAAAUACUUUUAAGUUAUACAUGUCUGUAUUAUAAUUUAUUUAAUAUUUUAUAAUUUUUCCAAAGUCUAUUUAAAGACUUAAUAUCCAAGAAAUAUUUGUCAUAAAGUAAGCCAAUGUUAUACAGAAUGUAUUAAACAAAAUUGUAAAAACUUCCUUUAUUUAAUAAUUGAUUUCAUUAAAUAUU